CUAUUUAAAUUGUUGUGGCUUCUGCUGUUGUUCGGUCCGUAUGCAGGGGCCCCCGCACUUGUUCUUGCUCUUCCUCAGAAGGCGGUGAUAAUGUGGGACAGGCAGUGGCCGGACAGACAGCAAACAUGGCGGCGGUCGUCAGGCAGUUGGGAGUAAGAUGGUGUGGCCUCUGGAACAGCCGUGUCUCCCGAGCUCAGCUUGCUCUCUCCGUGUCUCGGUGUCUCCUGUCUACCGGGCAUGCAGUUCACCAGCAGCAAUUCACUCCCUUGGAUGAGAAACCCCAAUUCCCUGGAGCCUCGGCAGAGUACGUGGACAAGUUGGAGUUCAUUCAGCCCAAUGUCAUAUCUGGUAUCCCCAUUUAUCGGGUGAUGGACCGGCAAGGUCAGAUCGUGAAUUCUGACGAAGACCCCAAGUUGCCUAAGGACGUGGUGCUGAAGUUCUAUCAGAAGAUGACACUGCUGAACACAAUGGAUCGCAUUCUAUAUGAGUCCCAACGACAGGGCCGCAUAUCCUUUUAUAUGACUAACUAUGGUGAAGAGGGCACACACAUUGGCAGUGCUGCUGCGCUGGAACCCACUGACAUGGUGUUUGGGCAGUACAGGGAAGCAGGCGUCUUAAUGUACAGAGGCUUGCCGCUGGAGCUGUUCAUGGCACAGUGCUAUGCCAAUGCUCGAGAUGUGGGUAAAGGGCGUCAGAUGCCUGUUCACUAUGGCAGCAAGGAUCUCCAUUUUGUGACAAUCUCAUCUCCCUUGGCAACACAAAUACCGCAGGCUGUUGGAACUGCAUAUGCCUACAAAGUGAGUCAAGAGGACCGUGCAGUCAUCUGCUACUUUGGAGAGGGUGCUGCAAGCGAAGGGGAUGCUCACGCCGGUUUUAACUUUUCAGCCACUCUCGAAUGUCCCAUUAUAUUCUUCUGCAGGAACAAUGGCUACGCAAUAUCAACACCAACUCAUGAGCAGUACAGAGGAGACGGCAUUGCUGCCAGAGGCCCUGGUUAUGGGAUAAUAUCGAUCAGAGUGGAUGGGAAUGAUGUCUUCGCUGUUUAUAAUGCUACCAAAGAGGCGAGGCGCAGAGCGGUGGCAGAAAACCAACCCUUCCUCAUCGAGGCCAUGACUUACAGGAUAGGCCACCACAGUACCAGUGAUGACAGCUCAGCCUAUCGAUCUGUGGAUGAAGUAAACUACUGGGACAAACAGGACCACCCCAUCUCGAGGCUCCGACACUACAUGGUGAACAAGGGCUGGUGGGACGAGGAGCAGGAAAAAGCUUGGAGGAAGCAGUCCAGGAAACGGGUCAUGGAAGCCUUUGAAGAAGCUGAACGGGCACUGAAACCAAAACUGGAUCACUUGUUCUCCGAUGUAUAUGACGAGACCCCAGUCAGCCUCCAGAAACAGCAGGAGGCGCUGCAGCGGCACUUGAAGAUGUAUGGAGAGCAUUACCCCAUUGACCAUUAUGAGAAAUAGACCGACUGUCUAUUGCUGUCACCUUCCCCCCCCCCCCCCCGAUCUGCUUGCCUAUGAAUUUCUGUUUCGUGUCCUGUCUCAAAAAACCACACCCCCUCUCCAUUCCUAAGCCCCACCUCACACUACCCUCUUUCCCCCACAACCCCCAAACCUCUAAUCAGAGUGCUCUGUUCGUAAGAAUUAUAGGAAUUUGAUGUCAUAGAUACUCAAUGAAAUCCUGGUCUUCCAUGAUCACCUUAUCCCAAAUAUGGGAAUGAUGUCAUUAGAGAGGUCGCUUCAUUCACAGCACUGUGCGUGA